AUGCCAGAAGUAGUUGAGGCAGCCCCCAAAAAGAUUAUUUUAUGUUGUGAUGGCACCUGGCAAUCCUCGGUGAGUGGGCAGGUCAAUCUACCAUCCAACAUCACCCGGAUUGCCAGAACUAUUGCAAAAGCCGGUCGUGAUGGAGACAAGGUUUGGCAGCAAUUGGUCUACUACGAUGCCGGAGUGGGAACUGGCGCAUUGUCGACAAUCGAAUCUAACCGCCAAGGAGCCACGGGCGAUGGCUUAGUUAUCAACGUUCUCGAAGCCUACAACUUUGUCGUCAAUAACUAUUCACCCGGUGAUAAGAUUUACUGCUUUGGUUUCUCUCGCGGCGCUUUCACUGCUCGAGCCAUUGCUGGUAUGAUCACUGACUUUGGCGUCAUCAAACCAGACAAGAUGCAGCACUUUGCGUCUUUACUUGCAGUAUACAAGAAGAACACAAAGAAAUACAACUUCAGGAAGACAAAGGAAUAUUUUGACUGGCUUAAAGGCAAGCCAGCUUGGGUCGCCGAAAGCAAGAAAGAAACUGAAUACAAAGAAAUACCUUGGUACGACACGGGCAUCCAGAACAUCGCUGGUGACAUUGAGUAUCCAGAUUCACGGUCAGUUGAACUUGUUGGUGUUUUUGAUACGGUUGGGAGUCUCGGCCUUGCAGACACAUAUGUUCGGAACCAUGCAAGCAGUCGACAACAAUAUGAAUGGCUAAAUGUCAAGUGGAAUCCCUAUAUAAAGCAUGCAUUCCAUGCUUUGGCACUAGACGACCGUAGGGAACCAUUCUUGCCAACACUCUACUAUAUUCCAAAAGAUCAAGUCAUUGCAAAAGAAGAUGAAGAGCUGAAGGCAGACGAGGUCGAUUGGCCGGAGCUCACUCAACACCGGAAAGAGGUUGAUGAGGAGUUACAAAACGCGAAAAAAGCCAUAGGAGAUGAACCAGACUUGGUACAAGUCUGGUUUACAGGCGUUCAUAUCAACGUUGGUGGGGGUACAGAUGACGUGAAGGCCGAUUUUGAAGGACUCGCAAACAUUACAUUCGCAUGGAUGCUCGAGCAAUGCCGACCGUACCUUGCCUUCGAUGAAUUCACCAAUGCUACACUCGCAAAUUACUCCCAACGCAUGACAGAAUACAGCGAUAUCCAAUCAGCGCAAGCAAAUGUUGGUAUAAAGGACAAAGCGUUCACUGCCAUCAAUGAGACUGGCAAAUGGCUCGGGUCCUUCUUCUCCUCCGACACGUUGGAAGAGAAGAUGGUUCGGUCAUAUUGCCGGAUUGCCGGCAAUUGCCCAGAGUACCGCAUACCUCAUUGGACACUAUUUCCGAACCAGGAUAGCUAUACUCCCCUGUUCAAAGCCAUAUCGAGCCCACAGUAUCGUACACCAGGGGCCUGCGUCGACAGAUCAACAGAAUUGCGUUCACCUUUAGAGAAACUUGGCAAGACCAACGAAUGGAUCCACCCGUCUGUUCAGUGGCGGAUUAAAAAGUCCCACGAGUAUAAAGAUCCAACUCACCUGUAUGAUCCCAAGUCCUUGGAGGGGUUUAAAUACGAAAAGAUGGGUGGCGUUUAUGGAUGGAAACAUAAGAACAAUAACGGUGGCACGCUGUGGAUCCCUGAAUGGCCAAUUACCGCAGCCGUCAAGGACGUGGACACAAGCGUCUACAACGAGAAUGCAGAGAUGGCGCUGGUCGAACAAUGUAAGGACCAUGAUGAAGUACGGAAAUUUCUGAAGGAACAUGCCACUGCCUGGAAUAUAGUUUACCCUAAAGUGAAGUAG